AAAAUUAUAAGAUACAAUUAAAUAUCCGUGACAAUGGCCAAUUUAAAGUCUGAUUUGGAUGACUAUCUGCUACAAAACGAGAGCCGAAGAAGCUACAAAUUUGGAUUGCCUUCAUUCUCGAGACCCAGUUUCCUAUCUCGAAGCAACGAUGAUAGUCCAACCAGCACUAGUUCUACAAGUACAUGGUUUGAUAAUGUUCAGAAGGAAUACUUUACUUUGAGCCGCACUCAGAGAUUUAUGGGAUUUGGAAUUUGUAUGUGCUUUGGAUUACUAUGUUUCAUACUGUCCUUCCUGUACAUACCUAUCUUGUUGUUACAAGCCAGAAAGUUUGCUUUGUUAUUUACUUUGGGAAGUUUGUUCUUCAUUUUCAGUUUCAGCUUUCUCUAUGGACCAUGGUCACAUUUCAAGUCAUUAUUCUCAAAAGAGCGAGCACUAACAACAUCACUGUAUGGUUCCACACUAAUAGCAACCCUGUACUGCGCAUUGCACCUGCAGAGCACACCUCUGACCAUCAUAUGUGCGGUGGGGCAAGUGCUCGCUCUGCUCUGGAUGAUGGUGGGCUAUGUCCCCGGUGGCUCCUCCGGAAUGAGGUUCUUUGGCAGCAUGUUCAAAUCUUCAGUAUCCAAUACGCUACCAAUAUAACAAACAGUUAUUUCUAGUGCUACUGUGUUACAGAUUUUGUGCUUAAAUGUGGUUAAGUUGUGUUUAUAAAUGACUCUUUUGUUUACGUCUAAAAC